AUGAGCAAUCGAAAUGGCCGACGGGGCGGCCGUCAAAAUCGCAUAGACACUUCAAACAUGCCACUGGAACAAGGGGUGGUUUGCUCCCUAAGGGAUUCCUUUGGCUUCAUCCACUGUGCCCAACGACCUAUAGAGAUCUUUUUUCACUAUUCGCAAGUUUCGAACUGUCAUCCAGAUGAGCUGAAAAUUGACGAUGAAGUGGAAUUCAAGGUCGGUGGAUCCAAGAAUGAUCCGUCCAAGCUUGCUGCAUAUGAGCUAUUCCGAGUGCCAGAAGGAACAGUCGUAUGGGAAACCGAAGACUAUCGGGAACAAAUUUUCCGAGGUACAGUGGAGAAGACAGCACGCAACGAUCAACGCAACAACAGUGGUGAUGGGGAAGGAACCAUUCGUUUAGUCGCCGAAGAUGCAGACGAGAAUAACGAUACAAAGAGCAGUGAUGGCAAUGGAUCUAAAGCGCCGCCAGGACAAUUGAUUCGAUAUCGCGCUCACGAGUUUCAAUCCACACGAAAAGGGUCUUCCAGACUCUUCCGGGGAGACUUAGUGGAGUUUCGAGUCUUUACUGAGCAUCGAACGAAUCAAAAGUAUGCAAAAGAAAUCAAGCUUCUACAGACCGAAAAAGAGCGCCAGCGUGCUGAAAAGGAGAAGGAGCUGAUGGAAACCGCAGUCGAAGAAGAAGGAAUCGUUGUUUCCUUGAACAAUGGUUUUGGCUUCAUCAAAAGCAACAAGCGUCGCGACCACGUCUACUUUCACUAUUCCAAUAUGCUGAUGUCGGAUGAUACCGAUGAUUUUGAACUGCAAAAAGGACAAGAGCUCAAGUUUCUUGUGGUCACCGAAUUGGACAAUGACGGAAGCGAGAAACGGAGUGCACGAAGUGUCGAGUGUCUCCCGGCAGGGAGUGUCAUCUUUCAUACCAAAGUUGCAGAGGGAGUCAAGGGCAUCGUGGAUGUAUGCCCUCAUCCGCCAAUUGGAAACGACGACAAGUAUGGUAUUAUUCGAUUGGAAGAUCCACUUUCUGAUGGCGAAGAGACAAUCAAGAAUGUGUUGCUUGAAUUUUCAGAUGCCCCGGGUGGAACGUACACAUACAAACACCAGUCAUCGAACGCAAUGGGCUUGUGGAUAGAGAAUGGCGAUACUCUUCUCUUUGACGUUGUCAAGGAAGUCGCUGAUGGUUCAUAUCGGGCCUCACCCACACAACACACCGUUGGAAUCGGUGGUAGUGUACAACCUCCAGAAGAAACAAUUGUGGGAUCGCCUGCCGUGCGUCUAUUUGCUGCUUCGCUUGUACAUCGUGCCGAUGGUGUCGUGCACACAGUGAAAGAAUCGUCGGGAUAUGGAUUCAUACACUUUUCCGAGCGCCCAAUUGAUGUGCAUUUCAAAACGUUCAAUUUCUUUCCAGAGGAGCUCCAAUCCGACUUGAGGAAACAGCUUGGAUAUGACGGUAAACCAAUACGAUUAGAAGCAGGUACCGCUGUGCAAUUCGAUAUAUGUGCACAUGGUACUGUUGCCCAACAUCCAAAGGGUCGACGAGUACAACGUCAUGAACGAGAGAAUAUCAAGGGCCACCGGAUACUUUUGCUCCCUCCCUCAGCGGUCGAAAUGGAAAAGGUUGUGAAGAAGGGGCUCACAGCGAAGAUUAAUUCGGUGAAUACCAAAGAAGCUUAUUCCGGAACGAUUCAAUUAGAAGAGGACCUUGAAGCUAUGACGCUUGAAGAACGCCAUCCAUUGGUUGGCAAAAUGAUUCACUCGUUCCUGGAAGAAAGCGGCAAACCUAAUGGGCGAUCUUCACUAGUUUUCCGUGACAUACUCAGCAUCAAAGAGGAUGGUGUUGUGACUGAAAUGGUGAAAUCAAUCGGAAACGGGCUACUGAAGUGCUCGCACAUUCCUGCACCAGGUCCCUCUGCUCACCCUGGUAGGUUGUCCAUCCAACGAGUUGUGGCGGAAGCCUCAGAGGGAGAUACAGAGCCAGGUGAAGGCACUGCUGGUGAAAAAACAAAGAAGAAACCGUCGAAAGGUUCCAACAAUCGUCAAGUACAUUACGACAAAUCAAGUCUUAUCGAAGAUUUGAAGACUAAUGUUCCGCCAGGGGUUGGUGAUUUAGUAUCUUUCGAUGUUGGCCAAAGCAGACGGACUGGGCGUUUCUUGGUCCAUAAUCUGAAGAUUGUUGAGAGGAAUCCUUCUCCAGAAGAUGUUCAAGAAACUGUAGCUGGUUCGGGGAUCGGUAUCGUCAAGGAAGUUGUCCCCAAACGCAAAUUUGGAUUUAUUUCCCUUCUGGACGAAACGGCGACAAAAAAAGAAGAGUUAUUUUUCCACUUACCGAAGGACAAAGGUUCGAACAAUGUUAUUUGUCGUCGGGGUGAUGAAGUCAAGUUCGAUAUCUCAGUGGAGAAAAGUGGAAAACGGGUUGCGACCAACGUGGAAGUGCUGCCAAAAGGAACUAUUCCUUCAAAAGCGGCAGCAAAUGCAUGUCAUGGUUUCAUUGUUAUACAACCAUCGCAUACCAGCCUCUCUGAUACGCCUUUAAGAAAAAAACUGUCUCACAUGUCGACAGGUACCGACAAAUCAGGGGGUAGAUGGGACGAUUUGCAUAACAAGUCCGUUGAUACCCACGGCAAUGGUGUCAUCCUUCUUCUUGAAGAUAAGACCGACAUGUUUGCAAGACACGGAAGGAGACAGGCACGGUCUGCGUCGAGUGAUGACGACGAUGCCAAGAGCCUGGAUAGUUUCGAUAGCACCGACGAUGGCCUAAGCAUUGAAGGUAUGGAGGAUGGCGGUGCAAAGCUAGACGCUGAUGUUGAUACGUCACCUCGAACACUAAUUCACCUCCCCUACAAGAACGGAGCUAUCGCAAUUCACGGUACGGGAUCAUCUUCAUGCAUGGACGGAUCAACAAAUCCAAGACGCGGCGAUAUGGUGUCAUUCGUGAAAGCCAAAAAAGGUUCUGGUGUUCGUGAUGUGCGAAUCGUUACCAGGAGUGCAGCGAAAUUCAUUCAGGGUCGCCUUGAGAAAAUUGAGCCCGCAACGAACCCAUCUAAUCGAAACUCCGGGACAGCUAAGUUCGUUACUGCGAACGAAAAGGAAGAAGUGUACGAUGUAGAUUUGAGCGAAGUAGUGAGUUGCGAUGUCGCUGCCUUGAAAGACAAACAGCCUGUGGAGGCGAUCUUGCAUGAAGGCAAGCUCUACGGAAUCUGUCGCACCGCAGACCUUUAUCUCGAGUCCAAGUUGGGAACAAGAAACAAAGAAAGGCCGAAGCUAAACCUCACUGUCAAGAAGAAUCGAGGUGGCACUAUCAUGGCACAAUCGAUGAUGGCGAAAGGACCUGACGGAACAAAUGGCUUUGGUGAAGGCUGGACAACGAGAAAGAGUCAGUUCAAAGAGGACCAAAUUACAGAAGAAGAGGUGUAG